UGAAUGCGACACGGCGCUGUUCCGGAAGAUGACGUUGGGAGAAGGAGUGUUUCCGGAAGACGUGGCUGUUGCUGCAGUGGCAGCUGUCAUCCAAAUUAUUCUUAGAAGAAUACUUGCAUAGCUACUAUACUAUUUUCACUAUUUCUGUUUUAUCUUCACACAUUUGCUCGGCGGCAAGAUGAUUUCGCUAACGGACUCCCAAAAGAUUGGAAUGGGAUUAACAGGCUUUGGCGUGUUUUUCCUCUUCUUCGGGAUGAUCCUGUUCUUUGACAAAGCGCUCCUGGCUAUUGGAAAUAUCCUUUUUGUUGCUGGACUGGCCUUCGUCAUCGGGUUGGAGAGGACCUUCCGCUUCUUCUUCCAGAAACACAAGAUGAAGGCCACCAGUUUCUUCCUGGGAGGUGUGUUUGUGGUGCUCAUUGGCUGGCCCAUCAUCGGAGUUGUGCUAGAGAUCUACGGCUUUUUCCUCUUGUUCAGGGGUUUCUUCCCAGUUAUAGUCGGCUUUAUCAGGAGAAUACCUGUCCUCGGCUCCAUCUUAAACCUGCCCUUCAUCAGUGCAUAUGUGGACAAAGUGGGCGAGAGCAACACCAUGGUGUAACAGUGACUUUUUGUACCCAGAGACGGCUGUUUGAGUGCAGCAGGUUUUAUAAACACAAUGUGCCAUUGGGCUGAUUUAAAGCAGCUAAGGUUAUACGUUCAGAUUCCUCCCCCCUCCAGCAGGAAAAGACUGCUUUCUGUCUGUCUGUAAUUUCACUGGUCAGCGCUACCAAUCAAAGGUUCAUCAGAGCGUCGCACCACCAGUCUGUUACUAAAGGGUGGAGUUACUAAGGUCACUACAAUAAAUAUUUUAACUGCUAUUGAUCACUUCGCCAUUGAGUGCAUCUGGCAUGAAAAUGGAGGAUGGAAGACUCCCUUAAAGCACCAUCGACUCUGUCUACGUGGCUUUCUUACUCUGUGGAACAAACAGACAAAACUACCGACCCUCCACAAGGAUGAGAAGUGGACUGACAGCUAGCCAUGUUGUCACGUUUCUGUGCCUGAGCUUUAACUUUAUUUGAACAAAAGCUUUUUGUCUCUUUGCAGUAAUUCUGUGACACUUUGUUUCUUUUUUUUUGUCUUGCAGCUAUUUGAAUACCAAGUGUGGCUAUUGUAAUGUUUUCCUUUUGUUACAUGUCAUUUCUGUUUAUGGUUUGGCUAAUGAGUACUUCAGUAUAAAACAUUUUUUAAAUGA